AUGAGCCUCCAGCACUGCAGCUCCGCCCGCCUCCCUAGUCGUUCCAGCUUGCCAUUCACGCAGCUGGCGUUUCUGUUGCUGCUCAUACUGCCGCACCAGCAUCUAACUGAAGCUGCUCCUUUCUCAGCCAUAGCCGCUGCAACAGAGCUGCGCUGUGUUUGCUUAACCGUAACUCCAAGAAUUAAUCCCAAAAUGAUCGCUAAUUUGGAGGUGAUCCCGGCAGGUCCACAGUGUCCCACGGUGGAAGUCAUAGCGAAGCUGAAGAACCAGCAGCAGGAUGUCUGUCUGGACCCAGAAGCUCCAUUGAUAAAGAAAAUCAUUCAGAAAAUAUUGGACAGUGAAAAAAAGAAAACUAAGCGGAAUACACUUGCAGUGAAAAGAACAGCCAGUAGUCAAUAGAAAGGAUUUCUUGGGACUCUCUCCCCAGUGAAGACAAG